AGCCUAUUCACUCUGUUGAUCAUGUUUGCAAUUUGUUGGUAUAAAAGUCGGGUAUAUGUAUGGUAUCCAUAACGGAACACAAAAUGAAAUUUAGUAUGUAUGUACUUUAUGGAGUUCUAUUUUCCAGUAUUGCAGUUUUGACUAGUGCUUAUCCUUUAGAUGAAAAUGUUGACAGUCGUAUUCAGUCUCUUCUUGAUGCGUUGGUAAAGAAAAAAAAAUCAAGUGAACAGGUUGCAAAAGAAGUACCAGGAAAUGUUGCAGGUAGAAACGAAGGAAAGGUUGCAGGUAGAAACGAAGGAAAGAGACAAAUAGAAAUUUUAGAAAAUGAGACAGUUGAUCCAGAUUCAGAGGAUAUGCCACUUCUUAGCAGUUUCCAAGUCAUAAAGCAUAACAUUAAAUAUAAGCCAAAUAAUCUGCAUCCUGAAAAGAGCAAGGCAUUUUUGUCCAAACAAGCUGAAAUUCUUCGAAUGACACACGAGCAAAAAGUGGAACGUGGAUUGGAGGCAGAAGAGUCAGGAGAUGAACGUGGUAUAUCAAAGAAAAGCCUAACCACUUUGAAUCAGUUGUGGCCAAAGAAAAUAGUUCCAUAUAAAAUAGAAGACACACUUGAAAUGCCUGAAGGCAAAAAACUCUUAAAUAAAGGCAUAGAAAUCUUCAACAGACUAACCUGCGUGAUGUGGUUGCCGCAUGACCAAGCCCUUGAAGCAUUUGUUGGCCAUAAGACUUAUGUUGCUGUAAUGAGCGACAAUGAAUGGUGCUGGGCAUCCGAUUUAGGUAGAACUGGAAAAGAAAAACAGCAACUUAGUAUGUCUGGGGAUUGUUUAGAGUUCUCAACCAUACUUCAUGAGAUGUUUCAUGUGAUGGGGGCGGAACAUGAGCAGUGUAGAUCAGACAGAGAUUAUCAUGUCAAAGUCAAGAAUGGUGCAAAUAAAUAUAACUAUGGAAAGUGGCCUACACGAAAUUCAAAUCCAUAUGAUUAUGAAUCCAUCAUGCAUUAUGCGGAGGGGGAUCCGUUGACUGUUUUAAAUGAGGAACUUGCAUUUCUGACACACAGUAGCGACAAACUAUCAUUCUACGAUAUUGCUGAUAUCACAGAUACGUAUAAAUGUGCAGAGGAUUGUGUUGAUCCUCCAGAAUGCAUCAAUGGUGGAUUUGUUUACUCUGAAUGUGAAUGUUACUGUCCCUAUGGAUUGACUGGUCGAUAUUGUGAGCAGGUUACAAGUGAUGAUUGUGGUGGAAUAAUCGAUCUUACUCCAGGGAAUGAUUACAUUAUAACAAGUCCAAAUUUUCCAAAUAAUUAUGACGUUGGUAAGGAAUGUGUUUGGCUGUUAAGGGCUCCAGAAGAUUAUCGUGUAAGCAUUGAUGUAGAUUUCUUUCAUUUGCCGUAUAAUGAUGAUCUAAAAAGAUGCUACCAUUGGUUGGAAGUGCGAUAUAAUUUAGUCGGUCAAACUGGAAUCAGAAAAUGCGGCGAUUCAACCGGUGAUACUUGGGUAACAACACCUUAUGGAGAGAAGAACUUGAUGCUUCUAAUAUUUGAUAGUGUGGUUGGUAAAGAACACUCGCCAGAAAAGGGAUUUUCUUUAAGGACAAGAACAGUAAAGGACGGAUGUUUAGCAGAUCCAUGUAUUUAUGGUACGUGUCGGGACUGUGAUGAUGGUUCAUUCAAAUGUAAAUGUUUUCCUGGAUUCGAAGGUCAACAUUGUGAAUUCGUUGAUGAUUCCACACCAUUAGAAUGUACAUUUGAAAAAAAUUACAAAUGUUUUAUGAAGAAUGUAAAUGAUGAUGACUUUGACUGGAGCGAAAAGAUGGGCCCAACUGUCACCAAACUAACCGGUCCAGACAAGGCAAUUAGUGGCGACUUGUAUUUGUAUGCCGAGUCUUCAAGCCCAAGGAAGCCAGGAGACAAUGCUAUAUUUGAAUCAGAUGUUACAUUUCCAGCUGAAGAUCGUUGCUUGGAAUUUUAUUUCAACAUGUUUGGUUCUGGUAUGGGGACAUUAACUGUGAAGUCAUCGGAGGAAGUAUUGUGGACGAAGACUGGAAACCAAGGAUUCAGUUGGCAUAAGACUAGAAUACAUGUACCCAGUACAGAUAAUCUGAAGCUAAGGAUUGAGGCAAUCCGUGGUAGUGACUGGGAAAGUGACAUUGCUAUUGAUGAUAUCAAGCUUGCACCAGGAACUUGCGCAACUCCUCCCAGGUCUGAUUGUUUAUCAUCACCAAAGGGUACAGAUUACAGAGGCAAGGUUAAUGUCACAACUAACGGAAGAAAUUGUCAGAGGUGGGAUUCUGACUCACCGUGGUCACAUGAUUAUCAUGUGUAUGAUGAAUACGAAAAUUAUUGUCGUAAUGACCUACGUGAUUCGGAUGCACCUUGGUGUUAUACCACUGAUACUCAAGUGGAAUGGGAGUUAUGCGAUAUACCUCAUUGUCAUAUUGAAGAAUGCAUUCGAUCAAUGAAUGGAUAUGACUACUUAGGUACUAAAGACACAACUGUACGUGGCCACACAUGUGAACCUAACAAAGAUGGAUUGAUUGCAUGUAGAGGAUCAUUUGAUUACGAUUCUCCAUGGUGUUUUAUUGAUCAGAAUGAAAAUUGGGAUUCGUGUGAUAUACCAAAAUGUACUACAGCUCCAGUAGAAUGUUUACAAACACCAAAAGGAAUAGACUACUUCGGAAGUACUUCUGUCACAGAAACAGGCAAAACAUGUCAAAGAUGGGAUAAACAAGAACCACAUCAACAUAAAUAUUGGGCUUUGGUAGACCAGGAUAACUUUUGUCGCAAUCCAGAUGGUGAUAGCCGGCCUUGGUGUUUUACUGCGGAUCCAGAUGUGGAAUUUGAAUACUGUAAAAUUUCAUACUGUGAUGAACUAGGGUGUUCCAACAACCCUUGUGAACACGGUGGCACAUGUACAGACAUAGAAGAUGGUGGGUUCAACUGUCAGUGUCGAUCUGGAUACAUGGGUGCAAAGUGUGAAUCACGAUUAGCCGAUGCUGACUGUAAAAGAUCGAAGGUUGGUUAUGAAUACAACGGAAAAAUUCAUGUUACCAAAAACAAGUAUUUUUGUCAACAAUGGGCCAAAGAUGAACCACAUUCACAUCAAUUUAAUAACUUGCCUGAAAAUUAUUGCCGAAACCCAGAUCAAGAUGUCGAGCCGUGGUGUUUCACCACAGAUCCAAAUAAAGUAUUUGAUUUCUGUGAUAUACCUUUCUGUACUACUCCAGCAAAAGAGUGCCUAGGUACAAACAAUGGGAUUUCAUAUUUCGGAACUAUGAAUCACACAAAAGAGGGUACCGAAUGUCAGAGUUGGAGUGCUCAGACACCUCACAGCCACAAAUAUGAUUAUUUAGAGGAUCAAGGAAAUUACUGUAGAAAUCCCGAUCAAGAUGAAAACGGCCCAUGGUGUUAUACCACUGAUCCUGAUAUUCGAUGGCAAUCAUGUGACAUUCCAUAUUGUUGAGAUUAAAUGUUAUUAUUUUCAAAAAAUAUAUCUCCCUUUGUAACCACCCCAGCCCCUUUUCCCCUCUAAAACAAUUUAAAUAAAAACAGAUUCAUCCAAUAUGUCUGUCCAUGUAUCUUUUAGGCUUAACAGAUAUUAACGAACCAUUGAUAUUACACGUUUCAAAGUAAAACUGCCUGAUGAUGUGAAUAAAGGAAAACUAGCCUGGUCCGACAUAUGCAAGUUAACUGAGGGAAAAACUUGAAUUUGCUUUCUUCGAUAUGCUAAUUGUAUUGCGGAGUGGGUACCAUUUGUGAGUUCACCUCAAGAUCUAGUUUAUAUCACUUCAAAUGGCUGCCUUUUGUAUCAAUUUUUUUUUUACUGAAUAUGUAUUGUAUAUUAUUGUUCUAGCACACAUGGCGUAUAGUAUUCUGCAAUCCAAUUUAUUUAUUUAUUUAGUAAUGUUAACAUUAAUAUGCUAUUUGAUGUGUAUUAUAUAUUACUGUAUUGCUUAAUAAACAAUAUUUAUUCUUGA